UCUGGGGAGGCAGAGCUCCUUCACCCUAGCCAUGGAGAAGCUCAGCAGGAGAAAGCCCAGGUCGGGGCCACCGCUUCCACCUCCAAGAUGUGCAAACUCCCAAGCUUGGAGAAAAGACGAACCCAGCCCAUCUCCUCUGUCUGUCCCAGGGACCUGGAGACACAGGCAUCCCUUCCUGGAAGCCCCAGACGAGGAGGAAGAGGAGGAGGAUAAAUAUGAGCUGCCCCCCUGUGAAGCUCUACUCCGCCACCUCACCCCUGCCCACCUUUCUGGCACUGAGGAGGACUCUUUGUACUCGGAUCGCUCUGCUCCCCUGGGCCCUCCCACAUCACCACUGCCACCACCACAGCCCCAGCCGGAGAUGGUACACAGCCUCCCUGCCCGCCCCACCCCAGCGUACCAUUUUCCACCCAAGGCGGCGCCGAGCCCACUGGAGGCCCUGAAGCAGAGCUGGCCCUUUGGAAAGCGAGAGCUGGGUGAACCGGCCCGAGCGGUGCCAGGCCCUGCGAAUGAGCCCGAUGAGGACAUCUACGUGGAGUGUGAGCCCAGUCCAGUCCCAGCCUUUACUCAGACUCUGAGUUCCCCAGUCCUGACAGCCCCAGUCCCUCUACCAAGGAUAUCUGUGGGGCCCAGGCCCACCAUAACCCCCCAAGAAGCUCAGAAUGGAGCAUCAAAGACCACCUCUGAAGGGUCUGCACCAAAUCGGGAACCUCCUAGCCUGUACCUUAACAUCACUCCUCAGUUCCUAGCCGAAAGAAGAACCUCUCUUUCUUCUAUAGCCACCACCCAGAACACCUCAGGUGCCCAGGAAGGCAAUCUGCUGGGUCAGCCUUGGUACUCAGGGAACUGUGACCGCCAUGCUGCUGAGAGCGCCCUGCUCCGAUGCCAGAAGGAUGGAGCCUACACUGUGCGCCCCAGCUCAGGCCCUCAUGGCACGCAGCCCUUCACCCUGGCAGUACUUCUCCAUGGCCGAGUCUUCAACAUUCCCAUCAGGCGGCUGGCUGACGGUCGCCACUAUGCCCUGGGCCGUGAGGGCAGGAACCAUGAAGAGCUCUUCUCCUCCGUGGCUGCCAUGGUCCAGCACUACACGCAGCACCCCCUCCCGCUCCUGGACAGACAGAGCGGCAGCCGGCAGCUCACCUGCCUGCUCUUCCCCACCAAGCCCUGAUGCCACAGCACAUGUGCGGCCUCACCUCUGGCCCCAUAGUUUGCCCCUUGGGCUGUCUCCCUCUCCUCUUCCAGUUUUCCACCCCCAGAUCCCCCCAUCCUUUUUCCCAGUCCCUCCAGGCCCCUGGGAAGGAUGGCCCAGAGACAGAAAGUGCCCCCAAGUCCCUACUCCAUUCUCACCCAAAGCCUUGCACUGCUACUCCCUGCUCCCUCUCCACUGGGAAGCAGGGGACAGGCAGGGCCCCCAUUCCUGGCCUCCCAAGCUGCUCUGAAUGAAGCCCUUCUGGGGGAAGCUGAACCUCACAGGGGAGAGUCUGGGCAGCCCUGCUUGAACACAAGGAGAAUCCACCCGCAUUUUGUAGGAGGUUUAACAAGGAGCCGGCCUCUGGGAGAGACUUGGUGGCCCUGCACAUAGUUUUGCUUUCAAUAAAUAUUUGUUGAAUGAA